GCGCGAGUUUGCAAGACGCUGUCGGGCUAGAAACCUGGUGAAAUCGCGAGCCUGGGAAUCUCCUCCGGAGGCGACCAAGUAAGACUUUUUGGGGGUCAUUUUUUUUAGGCGGGCUGCGGGGAAACGGCUGGGGAGACUUAACAAUGCAAGACUCGAGCGGCUUCAGCCUGGUUUCAUGGAGCAUUUGCCCCCUCUUUAUUUUGCGCAGUCUUUAUUUAAAAUAAAAUAAAAUAAAAUACUAUUUUAAAAAAUAAAAAUAGAUUUAACAGGGCGCUACCCCUCCCGGAAAAAUGCAAGAUCGCCAGUAGUUUUGAGAUGCGAGGAAGGAGGGAGGGAGGUUGGGCCAAACGGGCUUUAGGAUCCCAUCGAUUUUAACGCGAAAACGAUUUGAAGGCGCUCAGAUCUUUGCCGCUGAAACCGACAAGCCUUUUUCUUUUUAUGUGGCUGAAUCGGUCCCCUUGUUUCUUUGUGUGUGUGUCUCUCGGAGAAGGCGCGGGAGGGCGGGUAAAAAUAGGAUUUUAUAUUGCUUUGGGUUUUUUCCUUUGCGGAAAAACCCCAGAGGAUUUUCCUUUGCGGAAAGAAAGGCGCUCACUUGCCAUACUAAUUUGUUUCUCGCGAUUUCCCUUUUAGAAACAGCUACGCUAAAGGAGUAGAGAGCUUUGGGAGCACAUAAAAUGGCGCGCGCGGGGUGCGGAUUUUUUUUUUAGGAAGGAAACUGCCACCCACGUGACACUGCCGUGCGAAGGCUGACCUAAUUUUCUGGAACCUUCGCUAUGCUGUAAUUCAUAUUUGUUGUAAGCCGCCCUGGGACUAUCUGGCGAAGGGCAGGUAAUAAACAUUAUUAUUACUACUACAACUCGUAUUAGUAGUGAUCAUCAUAUUAAACACUUGAAUAGGAACUUGAAGGCUGUUCUUUGCAAGCUUGCAUCUGAGGGGCUCGGUUAUGUGAGGGAUCAAACCUGCAAAUGGCGUCAUCAACAUCAUGCUCUAACCAACCGAGGUUCCUCCUAAAUAUCAGGAGCUUGAGAACCAGGAUGCUGGACUAGGUGAGCCAGGGCUCUUAAGACUUACUUCUGAGUAAACAAGUAAAAGAUGGCAAUUCAUAUCCAUAGCUAAGUUUGCAAUCCUAAGCAUACCCACAGGAGAAUGUUAAACAUACUGUAUUUAUAUCCCGCUUUUACCCGCACCCCGGGACUCGAGGAGACAUAACACAAAUUAAAACGGCACAGAUAAAAUACAGAAAGCUAAAAACUCGUAAAAGAUCAUUAGUAUACAAUAAUUGCACAGAUAAAAGGAAAAACCUAAAAACUCGUAAAAGAUCAUUGCAAUAAUAAUACGAUGAUAGUAGUAAUAAUAAUACCUUUAGUGUCAGUGUACAACCAGUGUACAGUGGUACCUCUGGAUAUGAACGGGAUCCAUUCCGGAGCCCCGUUCACAUCCAGAAGCGAACACAACCUGUGUCUGCGGGUCGUGAUUUGCCGCUUCCGCACAUGCGUGUGACGUCAUUUUGACGUUCUGCGCAUGUGUGAGCGGCAAAACCCGGAAGUAACGCGUUCCGUUACUUUCGGGUCGCUGCGGAGCGCAACCCGAAAGCGCUCAACCUGAAGCACAUUUAACCCGAGGUAUGACUGUACAAUGGGACGUGGGUGGCGCUGUGGGUUAAACCACAGAGUCUCAGACUUGCCGAUCGGAAGGUCGGCGGUUCGAAUCCCCGCAACGGGGUGAGCUCCCAUGGCUCGGUCCCAGCUCCUGCCCACCUAGCAGUUCGAAAGCACGUCAAAGUGCAAGUAAAUAAAUAGGUACCACUCCGGCGGGAAGGUGCGGUGUCUCCAUGCGCUGCUCUGGUUCGCCAGAAGUGACUUAGUCAUGCUGGCCACAUGACCAGGAAGCUGUACGCUGGCUCCCUCAGCCAAUAAAGCGAGAUGAGCGCCGCAACCCGAGAGUCAGUCACGACUGAACCUAAUGGUCAGGGGUCCCUUUACCUUAUACAAUGCUUGCACAGAUUUUAAAAAAAGCUAAAAACUCGUAAAAGAUCAUAGGUAAAAAGUAACUACAGUCAUAGGUAAAGGGUAAAGGAGACCCCUGACCAUUAGGUGCAGUCGUGACCGACUCUGGGGUUGCAGCGCUCAUCUCGCUUUAUUGGCCGAGGGAGCUGGCGUACAGCUUCCGAGUCAUGUGGCCUACAGUCAUACCUAAGUAUUUCCGGGUUGCGCUCUGCAGUGACCCGGAAGUAACGGAGCGCGUUACUUCUGGGUUUCGCUGCUCGCGCAUGCACAGACGGUCAAAAUGACGUCAUGCGCGGAAGCGGUGGGUGAAAUGCGCCGUUGCGUCUUAUGUUCCGUUCAGUAUGCGAACGGGGCUCCAGAACGGAUCCCGUUCGCAUCCUGAGGUACCACUGUAAAUCAUGUUCUUUUACGAGUUUUAGCUUUUUGUCUUUUAUCUGUGCCGUUUUAAUUUGGGCUAAGUCUCUUAUGGAAUCAAAAGAGUACAGUAGAUAAUCGGGUUGCGAACGUGAUCCGUACGGGAUGCACGCUCGCAACCGACAGCGUUUGCAACCCACGUCUGCGCAUACGCGGGUUGCAAUUCGGCGCUUCUGCGCAUGCGCAAAGCGCGAUUUUGCGAUUCAGUGCAUGCGUGACUGCCCAAACCCAGAAGUAACUCGUUCCGGUACUUCCGGGUUUCGGCAGUCUGCAGCCCAAAAAAAAGCAACCUGAAGCGGACGCAACGUGAGGUAUGGCUUUAUUAAAAACGAAUCUAGCAACAUAAAGAUACUAAAAACAGCACAGCACUAUUAAAAGCCCUUUCCUUAAAAAACCAGUUCAUUCCUAACGGCUUGUUGGAAUAAAACAGUCCUCGCUUGCGGGCGGAAGGACAAAAAGGAGGGAGCCAGUCUACCUUCUCGAAGAAGGGCGCUCCAAAGUCUGAAAGCAUCCUGUGUCCCCACAAAGUGUGCCGUUAAGCAGAGCUCACCCGUUCAUGAGACGAGGUGAAGUGCCCACCCCAGGCAGCACAUGGGCUGCUGAGAGGGAGGUGUUCCAGCGUGCAACAUUGCUCCCCCCACCCCCGCGGAGAAGCUGAGCGACACAGAUGAGUGCUCUGGCUCCUGCCAAGUUCAGUGAGAGCUGGGGUGCAGCGGUGGGGCAAGCAAAGGAGAUGGCAAUUCCCGUUUCAUCACAAGUGGCAAAAUGGAUCUGCCUGCCCCUGUCUGUAAGGGUGGUGGAACUGGGAGAAAGGCGUCCUGAGUUUCCACAGGUUUAUAAGGGAGAAUACGGUCUUUCAGAUAGUCUGGGUCUGGCACACCGGAUACACUCCCCCCCAGGGGUGCAGAAAGAGCCCGCUGUGCCCAACGCGGCUGGGUGUGAGAAUGCUGCCUCCGCAGCAUAUUCGCAUGGCACUGCCCAGCUGAGGAUGGGGGUGGAAGUAGUACCGUGAUUCUCCUCCUUCUUUCCGCCUCUCGGGUCAGAUCUGGAUCUGACCCAGGACCGGAGCUGCUGCGGGUGGGUGCGAGUUGCGCGCUGGAGCCAGGCCCAGUGAGGGAGCCUGGGGUGCGUGCCUGGAUUUGCCCCCUCUAAAAAAUGUGCCCAGGGCUGCGCAGCCCUCCCCCCCCCCCCAUGCUAUGCCGCUGCCUGGGCCUGUGUGCAUUUUGUUUUUUAGGGAAUGUAGCUAAGCAUGUGCUAUAAAAGGCAAGUUUAGUCCUUUUGAAUUAACUGGUUGUUUAAGCAAUGUGGUUAGCAUUGAACUGCCUGCAAAAUUGAAGGUUUUUCUAAAUCAAAGGCCAUUCAGUGGUAGAGUAGACACUUUGCAUGUAGAAACUCCAAAAUUCAAUCCCCAUCAAACUCUAUAUAAUAUUUUUUUUCCUCCUGAUGUUUCCCUGGAGCAUUUGUUUUCAGUGUUAAAUUUACUUAAAAUGUUUAUUUUAAAACAUUUGUGGCUUGCAGUUCAAACCCCUGAGGAUUUGGUACUUUGAUGAAAGCUUGUUGCGUUCUGUAUGCAGAUAGCUAGAGUCUCAUAAGGCUUCAGAACAUAAUUGUGCCUUGAUUAGUGAGCGGCCAUUUUGCAACUGACUUAGUGAGCGGCCAUUUUGUGACUGGCUGACUCAGAGCAAGUUGCUUUCUGGCAAGCUCCUGCCUUUGGGCUCUUGGCAAGGAAUACAAGUGAUAACUCUGAUUAAGGGGAAAAAGAAACAUUGCUGCCUUUUGUGGACUUUUGUAAUCCCUCUUAUCUCAAGUAUUCAGCUGUACGCCAGGCUGAUUAAUAGGCAGAGCACACUGGAAUUUAAUUUGUUUUUCCUAUCCUCUUACAAAUCAGGUUUAAGUUAUCAUUUUGUUUUUUCAGUGUUUGGCACAAUCUUGGCUCUUGUUUCAGGGAUAGCAGAUCCUUUCUUCAAAGAUUUUGGGUUCUGGACGGUUAAUAAAUAUCUUGAAAAGCUGCUUGCUUUUAUAGAGUAAGCAUUUCCUGGCUGGCCUUUGAAGCUGAUCUUCAUUCCUCAUGUACUGCUGUAGCAUCUCUAGAAGUUGUUUCAAGUUUGUGGUUCAAACCACUCAGCUACAACAGGGAUGGGCAGGCUCUAGACCCAUUGAUGUGGGGUCACCCCACCACCCCCCGCAUACACAUAAUUGCCUAAAAUGGGGAGUUGCCUGUAUUGGCUCAUCUGAUGGAAGGGAAUCUUCCUCGUGUGAGACAGUCCCAGAGGGUUUCCUUGCUGUAUUGAUUGGUGGCUUUCUCAGAGCAUUUGGAUCAGGCAAAUAUUUUUGUCAUGUUUGGGCUGUGAUUCCCAGACAUCUUGAUUACUGGUGUUGGUUUUGUGUACAGUGGUACCCCCGGUUACAAACGGAAUCUGUAACCGAGGUGCCUGUUCUGCGCAUGUGCAAGUGGCAAACACAUCCGGUUUUGCCACAUUCACAACCCAAAGUUUAUAUUACCCGAAGGUAACGUAACCCGAGGGUCCACUAUAGUUUUUUCUCUGUCUGCCUAUAUGCUGCUCUUUCUUCCCUUGGGUGGCUUUUUCCAGGAGUAGGCUGGUUGGUUCGUGGACUUCGCCUGGGGCGCAGUGGCUGCAUCACGUAUGGUAGUCAAGUGAGGGACAGGCAAACAAACAUACCAACCGACAAACAAGACACAUAAAGGAAUCAACAGGUAAUCAUACAUGACACAGACGGGGUGGGACCAGAGAGGGUGGCGGGAGCAAAUUACACACGCACAAAAUAACAACGAUAACAAUAAUUUAUACCUUGGCCAUCUGGCUGGGUUUCCCUAGCCACUCUGGGCGGCUCCCAGCAGAAUACAGUCAUACCUCGGGUUGCAGGCGCUUCAGGUUGCGUUUUUUUGGGGUUAUGGACCCGCCAAAACCCGGAGGUACCAGAACGGGUUACUUCUGGGUUUCGGCGGUUGCGCAUGUGCAGAAGCACAAAAGUGCCGAAUUGCAACCCGCAUGUGCGCAGAUGCGGCACUGCGGGUUGCGAACGUGCAUCCCGCAUGGAUCACGUUUGCAACCUGAGCGUCCACUGUAUUAAUAAUAAUUUAAAAAUGAUAAAACACUAUAUAGAUAUAUGGGGGAAAGGGGGGUGCACAUAUGCAUGUGUAAAAAAGUUAAAAAUUUUUUUUAAAAAAAUAAUUUUUUUUAGAGGACUUAGACCUCUAUUGGGGCUGGGCAGUGGGGUCAAGGACAUGAUUUUCACCCAAAUCGGCUGUCACGGGUUGGGCCUCAGCUGGUCUGGGGGCCAAGGAGCCUGUCAGUGGUGGUUGCUACUCUUGCACUUCAUUGAGGGGAGAGAUGGCAAGUGGGCUGAUUAGCUGGUGCACAGCAUUUCUUGACCUGCGAACCCAGCCCUCUUGGGUUUAGAAAAAAGAAAGGGGAAACGGGGAAAGGAAAUUGGGGUGGGGGGAGAGGAAAACCAAAGAAAACAAUAGACUGAGGGGAAUAAGACUCAGGCAAACAGCAUGUGGCUCAUCCCUGCCUAUAGAUCCAGCCUUCCUGGCAGGGCAGCCGCCACCAACCUCUCUGGCCGCAAGUGGGGGGGGGGGGAGGGAAAGAAGGGAAGAAAGAAAAGGAUGUAUAAAACUGGUCCGUUGGCACACGGUCCUCCGCCGCUCUGGCUCCUCCGGCGGGGCAACUGCCACAGACCAUUCCACACACAGCCUUCUGCAAGGCAUAGCAGGCCAGAGGGCAGUGUGUUUCGGGGUCAAAGAGAAUAUGGGUGUGGGACAGAGGUCUUUCCCACUGUCCAGCCUCAUGGGAGUCGGAACCCCAAGCUGUUGUGUGACUUCACACCCCUAGCGUUUGUGGGUGCUCGUAAGUCCCAUUUGUACCAAGGGAUGGAUUGGGUUUCACCCCUUUUACCCCUCGUUUGAUUUGUGGUUUUUGGCGCGGUUUUACACCUGGGGUGUUGGGUGGUGCGGGAAAAUCUGGUGACUUCUCUUCAGUCUUUCCCAAGGUAAAAAGAAUAAGUUCCAGCUUUCAGGCUAGUUCUGUCACAAAUAUAUAGGGAUACAUAGAGACGUGGGUGGUGCUGUGGUCUAAAGCACUGAGUCUCUGGGGCUGGCCAAUCAGAAGGUUAGUGGUUCAAAUCCCCGCGAUGGGGUGAGCUCCCAGUUCCUGCCAACCUAGCAGUUUGAAAAUACUCCAGUGCAAGUAGAUAAAUAUGUACCGCUGUGGUGGGAAGGUAAACAACGUUUCCAUGAGCUCUGGCCUCCGUCACGGUGUUCCCUUGCGCCAGAAGCGGUUUAGUCAUGCUGGCCAUAUGACCCGGAAAUUUGUCUACAGACCAAUGCCAGCUCCCUUGGCCUGAAAGUGAGAUGAGUGCUGCAACCCCAUAGUUGGAUUUGACUGCACUUAACCAUCCAGGGACCCUUAACUGUUAUAUUUUUACAUAGUGAUACAGAGGGAUCAGGGAUGACUCACACCCCGGCCAUCACCUCUUUAAUCUUAUACCCUGGAGCAGGAGAUAUAGAAGUAUAAUCAGCUGUACCAACAGGCUAAAAAAUAGCUUCUAUCCGUGGGCUGUUAGGCUGUUGAAGGGAAAGUAACAUAGCGCAAACUGACUUGUGAGGUGGUGUGUUGUGCAACAAGCACACAGAGUGCAAUGAGAUUGAGUGUUUGUGGGAGGGGGAAGGCUCGUUUAAUUUCAUUGUACAGUCAUAAGGUAAAGGGACCCCUGACUAUUAGGUCCAGUCGUUACCGACUCUGGGGUUGCGGCGCUCAUCUCGCUUUAUUGGCCGAGGGAGCUGGCGUACAGCUUCCGGGUCAUGUGGCCAGCAUGACUAAACCGCUUCUGGCGAACCAGAGCAGCGCACGGAAACGCCGUUUACGUUCCCACCGGAGCGGUACCUAUUGCUCUACUUGCACUUUGAUGUGCUUUUGAAUUGCUAGGUUGACAGGAGCAGGGACCGAGCAACGGGAGCUCACCCCGUCGCGGGGAUUUGAACUGCCGACCUUCUGAUCGGCAAGUCCUAGGCUCUGUGCUUUAACCCACAACAUCACCCGCGUCCCAUUGUACAGUCAUACCUCGGGUUAAAUGUGCUUCAGGUUGAGCGCUUUCAGGUUGCGCUCCGCGACGACCUGGAAGUAAUGGAACGCGUUCCGUUACUUCUGGUUUUUGCCGCUCGCACAUGCACAAAAUGAUGUCACGCGCGGAAGCAGCGAAUCACGACCCGCAGACGUGGGUUGCAUUCGCUUCUGGAUGUGAACAGGGCUCCGGAACGGAUCCCAUUCAUAUCCAGAGGUACCACUGUACACAGGUUGUACAUUGACAAUAAAGGUAUUAUUACUAGAGGUUCCCUGUUGCCCUAACUCUAAGACUCCAGAACUGACACACAUUAAUCACACAGAUAGAGCUUGAGUUCUGUGCCGUUACCAUCACAACUGGCUCGUUUGACCUAGCACCAAUGAUUACCUCACCCAUCAGGUGAUUUAUGCUUAUUCUGCUGUAGCUCCAAGGGUAACAGUCUUGUUGGGAGCUGCGGCACCACCAACACCAAAGUACGGAAUCUGCAAGAGCUGCUUAAGAAAUUGGAGCAACAGAAUGAGCUGCUCUCCAUUUGCAGUUCUGAUGGGGCUCUGAGUCGCAGCUCCUUGGCAGCAUCCCCAGCAGUGCAAGGGCGGGCACCUGUGUGCCCCUAGCUGUGCCUUUAGGCGCAGCUGUCAGCUUCUUUGGUGAUUACUCAUAGCCGAGUAAGAUUGUCUUCCAUGAACACAGUCUUAACAGUGAGUCCGUAAGUGACUGUGGAGGCCAGUUCUGGAUCCACACGUCCUUCUACAGUGGGGACAUGAGUUUCCGGGCUGGAGUUGGUCUUUUUUUUUAAUAAAAAAAAUAAUUUUUAUUUAAUUUCUAAUUAACAAACCAAUCAUAUCACAUUAAUUCCAAAUUAUACCAAUACAUAAUAAACUCCAAAUAUUUAACCGAAUUUUAAAUUUUUGUUGGGGGUACCCAUGCUUCGAGUUCAGAAAGGGUCCAAUCAUCUCAUAUUUCUGCUGCUUUGAUGUUCACAAGUCCCAUCUUUCCAUCUCUUUAUUGUUACCCUUUACAAAUCCCAUCAUCCAAUCUUCUUGUUGUUAUCAUUUCUUCUUAGUAACCUUUGAGUUAUCUCCACAAGCGAGUUGAAGCAAACAUUAUUAUAGUCCUGUGUGGGUUUUCACGCUGAUCCAAAAGUCCUAUUCAAACGGCAGGCACCAUUUCGACAGUUUCCAUAAAUUACUGUCUAAGCGUCUGCUCAUUAACUUUCCCAGACCAGUUGCUCCAUAAAUCAGCCUUUCCAGGGGAGUUGUAGCCAAUUCAGCCGUGGAAUUCAGAUAUGAUAGCAAAACUGUAGCACCUCUCCCCCUUUGACUGUAAAUCUUGCAACCAAGUCUGUCUCAUAAUGGUGGUUCCUAAUUAGAACUGUGUUACACCAAAAGCCUUUCGUUUCCUUUCCAGAUCUUCCGCAAAACAAAGCCUUUGGUUCAUAAUUUUGUUUCCACGCAGUUUAUUUUCCCAUCUCACUUGCUAUCAAUCAUGUGGCGGUUCUUCUUUGGGGGGGGUUGUUAGGUAAAUCAUAUUGAAAAAGAGAAAAGUUCCCCCCCUUUCCGAUCUGUUUCAACAUACCGACAUAGCUGUGCUUCUUUGAUGUAGGCUUCUGUUCGGUCCAACCCGUCACUCAGCUUCUCAGUGGUUGAUUUAAUUAGCAAUCAGUACAGCCUUUCCUUCACUCGAAACAUGUGCAUUUACUCUUCUCCAAUUAUUUAUCUUGAGCAAUGCAACUAGGAUCGCACUUAGAAGUAGUGUCCAGGAGAUCCAAAAACUCACUCGAGGGCUUUCCGUCCAGUGCUCCCCCUCCUUCUUUCGAACUCGGGGGUGAUUUAUUGGCAACCGCGGACGAGGCAGCAUUUUCCCAUCCCCUGGGAAAAUUCAGGAGGCUAAUUUACUCCCAUCAUUAGCCUCUUAAUUACCUCGUGUGAGCCGGAGAGAUGGUAUUGUCAGCUGUCUUCCAAAGUGCCCCUAGCAGCCCCCCCCUUCCGGGCUGGAGUUGGUCAUGGUGAGGGUUUGCUAAGUGUGCCUUUCUCUUAGCAUGUUUUUCCCUUUUGUCCUGAAUUCAAGUAACUGACACCUUUGCUAAAAGGCUCUUCUACAAUUGAAGCGCUCGCAGGCCAGUGUUUCCAAGUUGUUGGUCUUUAUACUACAUUUUUAAAGAUUGGCCUUGAAAUAGUCUUUAAACCUCUUGUUUUUGCCACCAGCAUUUCGCUUUCCAUUUUUGAGUUGGGAAUAGAGUAGCUUUGGAAGACAAUAAUCAGGCAUCCACACGACAUGCCCAGUCGAACAAAGCUGAUGUGGAAGAAUCAUUGCUUCAACACUGGUGAUUAUUCCAGUACAGUGGUACCUCUGGAUGCGAACGGGAUCCGUUCCGGAGCCUCGUUCGCAUCCUGAAGUGAACGCAACCUGUGUGAGCGGGUUGUGAUUCACCGCUUCCGCAUGUGCGUGAUGUCAUUUUGAGCACAUGCGCGAGCGCCAAAACCUGGAAGUAACUCGCUCCGUUAUUUCCGGGUCGCCGGGGAGUGAAACCUGAAAAUGCUUAACCUGAAGCUACUUCAACCCAAGGUAUGACCGUACACUGGCAUUAGUUCGCCUGUCUUCCAAAGUGAUGUGUAGAAUUUUUCGGCGAUACCAUUGAUGGAAUCUUUUCAUGAGUUGGAGAUGGUGUUUAUAACUGGUCUAUGCUUCACAAGCAUACAGUACAGUUGGUACAGUGGUACCUCGGUUCUUAAACAAAAUCCGUUCCAGAAGCCCGUUCGGCUUCCGAAAAGUUUGAAAACUGAGGUGCGGCUUCCCAUUUGUUGCAAGAGCUUCUUGCACUCAGUGAAAGCCAUGUCUCAUGUUCAGGUUCAAAAAACAUUUGAAAAUGGAAGCAUUUACUUCUGGGUUUUUGGUGUUUGGGAACCAAAAUUUACAACAAUGGAGCUGUUCGGGAACCAAGGUUCCGCUGUAGUACAGUGGUACCCUGGUUCUCAAACUGUUCUGGAAGUCUGUUCCAAAACCAAAGCGUUCCAAAACCAAGGCGCACUUUCCCAUAUAAAGUAAUGCAAAAUGGAUUAAUCCAUUACAGACAAUUAAAAACAACCCCUAAAAUAGCAAUUUAACAUGAAUUUUGCUAUCUAACGAGACCAUUGAUCCAUAAAAUGAAAGAAGUAGACCAAACUUCAAUCUGCUACCCAGUAUAAAAAACUGUGAGUGAUUUCCCCAUUGCCGUUGGAGGGAUAAGUGAGCGGGGUGUGUGAAGGGGGAGUUCAAAUGGGGGGGGAAGGAAAGGGAGACAGAAGUUCUCUGAGGAGCCAGUUGGCUUCUUUCCCCGCCCCCCAGACCAGCCUUUUUGGAUCCCUCCCCCCUCCCCCCUUCUUCAGGGCUGGCCGUCCCGUGCCCUGUGAGGGAAUACCGCGGCAUUCAAUUCUGGGGCUGAGUCGCUUGGCGUUGCUUUGGGGCCUGGAGUGGCGGCCGCAGGCGACAUCAGGUACCGGAGGAGGGGGUGGUUGCUGCAGUGGCAAGGCCUUUCCUCGCUCAGCACCAGCCACUGACGACACCUAGAAGCGGAGAAGGGGGUCGUAGAUGCUGCAGUCCCGGCAGCAGCAGAGGGACCCAGCACCAGGGUGUGGCAGCUUGGCACGGCCUUCCCUCGCUCAGCACCGGCCACGGCAGCGGAGAAAGGGGUUGUGGAUGCUGCAGCCAUAGUGGCCCCCUUCUCUGCGUCCGGAUUUUCUGCUGCGGCUGGCGUUGAGCGAGGGAAGGCCGUGCUGAGCAGACAAGGGAUGUUACUGCCUUUCCCCGGCGUUGGGUCCCUCUGCUGCCACCGUGGCUGCAGCAUCCACAACCCCCUUCUCUGCUUCCGGGUGUCACCAGUGGCCAAUGCAGCCAGCCCUGAGUAAGGGAAGCCCAGGUCAGGCGGCAAGCGAGCAGGCAGCGGAAGUGUGGCAGUCAAAACCGAAGUGCACACCCCGAACGGAGUACCUUUGGAUUCCAAAAAUCACUCAUUUCCAGGUUUGAAGUGUUAGGGUUCCAAGUAGUUCGUGAACUAAGCUGUUCAAAAACCGAGGUACCACUGUUUUGUAAAAAAAGCUUUGUAAAAGGCAUUUUGAUUUCCCUGUGAAUGUCCUGGUUCUCAAACACUCUACACUUCAGUUGGGCGAAAGCUGCACUCGCAGAGCUCAAGCGAUGCUGGGUUUCUGCGGUCGAGCAGUGAAAAUCAUGUCCACUGUCCCCCUGGAACAGGGGUCAGCAAACCUUUUCAGGAGGGGGCCAGUCCACUGUACCUCAGACCUUGUGGGGGGCCGGACCCAUCGCCUCCCGAAGCAUCCCCCCUCCUGAAAGCCUCCCCGCCUAUGCCACUCACGCCGCUGAUGCUGCCUCGUCUUUGGCAGUGUUGGCGUCCUCUGUCUUGGCGGGGCACAGAGCCCAUGCCACUGGCCUGGGUGGUGGAGGCAACCUCCACGCUCCAGUGGCUUUCUUCCUGCUUGGCCACCUUAGCGGGAAGGAAGAGGUGGUACCCAGAUGCCACUGGUCUGGGUGGCGGAAGCAGCCUCCGCGCCGCUGCCGCUUCCUUCCUGCUCGGCCACCUCAGCGGGAAGGAAGGGGUGGCGCCCAGAGGCGUCCGUGGCUUCUGAUUGGCUGCAGGAGCUUUCUGCAGCCAAUCAGAAGCCAUGCCAGCGGCACUGCCCGCCCAGAGGCAUCCGCGGCUUUUGACUGGCUGCAAGAGCUUCCUACAGCCAAUCAGAAGCUGUGCCGCGUUGCGGAAGUCAAUCUCAAUGCGGAAUGGCCUCUGCGCCAUGCCUGUUUCGCGCGGGGACUGACCGAACGGGUUCCGCAAGGUUUGCGAGCUGAAUUACUGAGCCCGGUGGCCCAUAUCCGGCUCAUGGGCCUUAGUUUGACGACCUCUGCCCUAGAAGGUCAAAAAGCAUUUUGGAAGUUAGGAAGGGUCACCUCGCAUAUUGUUAAGCUCCCCAGCUGCGAGUAAUGUUUUUCUGUAAUGUCUUUGUCAGCAUCCAGUGUUGCUACAUAAGCUCUUAGAAUAGUAGCCUCAAGAGUAGGCUCAACAAUCACUCCCUCGGCCCCAACAAAACCGGACCCACGGAGCCAUUGGGGCUCCAGUUGGGGUGGGGGUGACUGGCUGCAGGUAAUCCUCUGGUUUGCGUCGCACCAAAAGAGGCAUAUCUUUUGGUGCCCUGCAGAACAACUGACUUGUUUGGCCUUGCAGCCAUGCCAGCCAGGUGGAGAGGUUAGGUGCCAAACAAGGACGCCUGGACAUCACUGCCUCGCAAAAGGCCAGUUGUCUGUCGCAAAACAUGACUGGCACCCAGCUAAUUUUGAACGCUAUUCCCAACAUUAAGCUGUCAACAUCAGUGGAGGUUUGAAAUUUCCUUGCUUACUCUAUAGAUAGUCCCAUUUUUAAUUACACUGGUACCUUGGAUUACAUACGCUUCAGGUUACAUAUGCUUCAGGUUACAUACGCUUCAGGUUACAGACUCUGCUAACCCAGAAAUAGUACCUCGGGUUAAGAACUUUGCUUCAGGAUGAGAACAGAAAUUGUGCUCCGGCGGCGUGGCAGCAGCAGGAGGCCCCAUUAGCUAAAGCGGUGCUUCAGGUUAAGAACGGACCUCCAGAACGAAUAAAGUACUUAACCUGAGGUACCACUGUAUAACGAUCCUUGUAAAUAACUCAGUUUUUGAAGAGCUUUCCAAUCCUCUUUUGACCUACAACUAACUUCUGGGCGCAUAACCUGUUGGGAAUCUGGUAUCUCUCACACACACAGUGCAGUAGUGUGGAUCUUGGUCUUGCUCUUGCAUGCAGCAAAAAACAGCCACACAGAAAGCAGGGUCAGUAAGCUCCACAUGCUUUUACGGCUGAUAAAGUAACAGAUACAGCAAACAACUCUUGACAAAGUUGUGCAAUGUAAAAUGAAUAAUUUCCAGCUUUCAAUCUAGUUCAGACACAGCUACAUAGAGAGAGAGUGUCAGCAUUGCUCUAAUUCCAAGACUCCAAAAGCACAAUCGACAUACAUUAAUCACACAGAUGUAGCUUGAGUUCUGUGACAUUACCACAGAAACUGACUCAUUUGACCUUGCACCAGUGAUUUCCUCGCUCAUUGGGAAAUUACCGUAUUUUUCGCUCUAUAGGACACACUUUCCCCCCUCCAAAAAUCAAGGGGGAAAGUGUGUGCGUCCUAUGGAGCGAAUGCAGGCUUUCGCUGAAGCCUGGAGAGCAAGAGGGGUCUGUGCGCACCGACCCCUCUCGCUCUCCAGGCUUCAGGAAGCUAUCUGCAACCCUGCGGAGCCUGGCGGGAACUCCCGCCGGCUUCACAGGCUUGCGGAGAGCUGCCCGAAGCCCAGGGAGCGCGGCGCUGUGCACCCCAGGCUUCGGGCAGCUUUCGGCAAGCCUGCGGAGCCCGGCGGGAGUUCCCGCCAGGCUCCUCAGGCUUGCGGACAGCUGCCUGCAGCCUGGGGAGCGCAGAGCUGCGCGCCCUGGGCUUCGGGCAACUAUCAAAAAGCCUUCGGAGCCCAGCAGGAGUUCCCGCCGGGCUCCCAAGGCUUGCGGAUAGCAGCCUGCUGUCCCCGAAGCCAAAACAGCGAGACGGGGCGCUGCGCAGCCCUCCGUCUUGCUGUUCCAAUUUUGGGAUGGCUGCGCAAAGCCUCUGCAGGGCGGCAGGGUGAAGGCACCCCGGUGCCCUGUGGAGGCUUGAAAGGCUGUCCCAGAAUCCAAAAGAGCGAGACGGGGCGCUGCGCAGCCCUCCGUCUCACUGUUCCAGCUUCGGGAUAGCUGUGCAAAGCCUCCGCAGGGCGGCGGGGUGAAGGCACCCCGCCGCUCUGCGGAGGCUACAAAGGAUGUCCCCAAAGCCUCAAGCCUUUGGAGUGCAGCUGCGCUCCAAAGGCUUCAGGGAUCUUUGAGGCUGGCGGUGGGGGAAAGCAGCGCUUCCCCCCCCCCACCAGCCCCACAAGCCUGGGGGCAGCAGCAGGGCCUGCUCUUGAACGCACCUUGUUUUUGAGGGGGAGAAAAAUAUAUAUAUUUUUUUCCUAUUCUUCCCCUCCUAUGGUCCGGUGCGUCCAAUAGAGCGAAAAAUGCGGUAGCUCCUUUUCAUACCGAGCUAUUCCAGUAUGUUGGGUGUUGGGUGUGCGUGCCACAAAAGCUCAGUGGUUAAACUCUCCACAGGAAACAGCUGUUUAGCAGGGUUGUUUUUAUUAGGCCAAGACCAACAAACUAUUUAUAGAUCUUACAAGUCAUAUUCUCUCUCUGAGCCCAGAGCAGGUUCCUUGCUUCAAAGUCCUUGCCGUGACAGAGUCCACAAGUCCUGAGAUCAGCUGCUUUCGAAGCUGCUUUCCUGCAACUCUUUACAAAGUCUUCAGUUUUCCUCACUACUCCAUACUCUGUGCUAUCCCAUACGGAAUGCUGUAACUUGAGCUCCUUAUCUACAUGCUAUUUCUGCCCGGCAAUACUGAUAAGACAGUCACAAGAAGCCUGCAGCUGCAUUGUUGGGAAUGAUUCAUCUGAUUACUUUUUUUUUUUAAUCCCACUACAUUUCCCCCCAUUACAUUUUUUCUUUUUUCUUUACUUCCCCCCUUUUAUGCCCACUUGUGCUCUAAACAUCUUGGAACCUUAAAUCAAGAGGGAUGUGUUCCAUGAGGAAACACUUCGGAUUUUCCUGACAGAUUUUUUCUGGAAAGUACAGAUAGUGAGUGCGUCUCUCAUCUUGACAGGAAUCCUGUUCCACAGAACAGGCCUCCCUUUCCCAGACUUCGACUGUGAAAUAGAUUUACCUCACACAAUUCACAAACAUCACUUCAUUUUUUUAAUUAAAAGGGGGGUUGUGGGGUUGUUUUUAAGAAAGGAACUAGGACUAUUUCCAAGUGUUUUGUUUUGUUUUUUGCUGAUAACUGACAGGGAAAUGUAGAAUAAACAGAUUUCCAAAUGUUUCCCGUUGUGUUCAUACGUGUCACUUAAAAUUUGUUACCUAGGAGCAUUUGGAUUUCAAACCUUUUCAUUAUUUUUUUUUAAAUAAUAUUUAUUACUUUUAUAGAUUACAAAAAGAGAGAAAAAAGCAAAAAAGAAAGAACAGAAGAAAAAACAAAGGAGAAAAACAAAAAGAAAAAAACAAUACAAUACAAUAUAUAAACAAUGCAAAACACAACCUAAACUCAAAACUAAACACAUUAAACUAAACUAAACAAACCCCACUCCCUAACCUUAACCCUGAAUGGAACAAAACAAAAACAAUUUAAACAUACAACAUCUCUUUUCCAUACUCUAUCUUUCAUUCCCUUGUUUCCUCGACCUCCUCACACCUCCCUUUUUGUGUUCCACUUCUAUUAAUUGUUUCAGCAAAUACUUUCCAUCUUUCUCCAUUUUCUGUGAUAUUGUAAAUAACGUAUUUUAUAACAUUAUUUUCCAUUAAAACUAAAAUACUUAUAUGUGCUUAACUCCUUAUAACAUUUCUGUUAAGCCCAUAAAAAAUAAAAAAUCAUUCCACCAUUUUUCUAUCUCUCAUUAGUUUUACCAUAAGUCUAUAUAUAAACUUUAAAUUUUCCAAUCUUCUUCCACCAUCUCCUCUCCCAGGUUUCGGAUUCCGCCAGUCCUUUCCGUCAAUUCCAUAAAGUCCAUCAACCUGGUGAUCUUAUGUCCGAGGCUCUUAACUCUUUUCCAAGUCCCUUCUGCAGGUCUUCUUCAUUUACUUUAAUGCUAAAGAGCAAAUCUCGGGGAAACUCCAACCUGUCAAUCCUUUUCUUCCUUCUGAACAGAUCAGCUAAAUUUCCAUGGUUAAAGCUACAGUCCAUAAAGUAUUUCCGGGUAUAUUUCAAAAUUCCUCCGAUUCCAAAGGCCCCCAAAACUUCAGUCUCCUCCAGGCCCAAGUCCAUGUCCCAAAAGUCAGUUAAUCCGUGCAUAGAGGGCUCUUUCCAACUUUCCUUCUUUAAUCCAAGCCGGGAUCCAUUCCUCGGAGUCUGACUUUUCCUAGAUUCAAUCAUAGAAGGCCUCAACUUACAGUCCUCAAUUUGCUUCUGUAAAACCACAGAUCUCACUUGUAUUAUUUUAUGUUCAACAACAGCAGCAUUCUCCUUCUCCUCCUUCUCCACCAUUUGUCCUGCCAAAAUGGGUUCCUGUACCAAGUCCUAAAUUAUUUCUGUGUUGGUGUUCGCUUUUUGACUCAAGUUGGUCACUUUCUGUUCCAAAUGAUCAACUUUGAGAGUCAUGUCAUCCAUCUUCUUGUGAAGCUGUCCCAGCGAACAGCUUAUCUUACAUAAAGCAGUCACAAUGGCCUCUCCUGUCAACAUUUUUAAAUAGUCCAAGGUCGCUCUCUGGUUCUCAGAAUCCUUAUCUGCAACUGGAAAUCCCCCAGUUAUACUCCUGUAACAGUUUCAAAAGCUCCCUCUAGAGGGAAACAGUCUCCACUUGUAUCAGUUCUUUCAGGCACAACUCAAGCAUUGAAGAUAAAUUUUCAGUUACUUUUCCUCUUUUUUAAACGCAGAAAAGGACAAUGGAAACAGUAUCUUACUCUUAUUUAGCUAACUGUCAAAUCCGUUCUGUCAAAAGCACUCUCUCCAAACGUCAUCUGGCAGCCCGUUCCCAGGUUCAGAGCAGUGGUAAUUUGAUUUUUUCACUCUCUCCUGCAGGCUCACUAGAUCCAAAAUUUCCCCCUCUUCUCCUGCUUCCAAGGGGGGUUUUGUAUUUUAACCGGUGGAAAUUUGAUCCUUUGCCAAAAGCUUUCAAAGGCUUUAACUUGUAACGUCUUUGCUUCAAUCUAUUUACAAAAACGGGAGGCGGACUUCCUGUUUAUAACCUUCCCGUUUCAGUGCCGAAUUGAAAGUAUUUAAGAAUCCAAUUUUCCGUUUUACUCACGAGUAGUUGUUUAAAAUCCAAUUGUCCACAGGGAAAAGUCAGCGCUCUCCGGCAACAGCAAUGCGGCUUCACUCUGUGAAAGAAGCAGUCGAUUCAAAGCACUGUGCCACUCACCCCACGUCGCUCCGGAUCCCCAAAACAGGGUUUCCCCACGAGUAGGGGAGGCGCAAAGGUGCCAGCCGAAUCCCACGUCUACAGGCUUCUCCCGCCUGUGGUUUUUAAUGGGUCUCCGCCUCACCGUGGCAGUUCAGACCCUUUUUUCCACGGAGCGGAUUCCUCCCGAUCAGAGGAAAUCCGCCAUUGCCAGAGGCGCCAACCCGGAAGUGGAUUUCAAACCUUUUCAGGCUAUGGUGUGCUAGCAGGCUUGGAAAUAAAUAGUUGUUGGAGAUCUUGAAGUUGCAGUAACUUCCAUCUCAAAACGGAAAUGGUGGCAUUGAGGCCUGUUUUUCCUAACUGACUUGCUUUCCUCAGCUCUGGUUCUCCAUGACCCUCUUUCAUUCUUGGCCAACAGCUGGCCCAACAGGAAUAGUGUUUUGGGUAAAGCUUUUAAUAGGAUAGAGGUAAAUUAGUGGAGGUAUACUACAAAAGGUAUUGUGGUUUGGUAAGGGGGAUAGCACCCUUUGUUGUUAGUGCAGAAGGAAAUCUUGUGGCUGGGGUGGAAUAUUUUUGAAGAACCAGCUAAACUCCAAAGCAAUACUUCAACAAACAUGGAGUCCCUGCAGUGGCAAAACAAGCCUCCCUCAGAUUCUCCCCACCUCACAGCACUGACGCUGUUUUUUUUAAUCAGUGACCCAUUUCUUUGCCUUUUCCCUGGCAAUGUAGAAUGCCCUUACCUCUGUUGUAUGUGAAACAGCAGCUAUCAGUUGCUUCAGAUUACAGUAGCACCUCCGGUUAUGAACAGGAUCCGUUCUGGAGGCCUGGCCGCAUCCCGAAAACUUCGUAACCGGAGGUGCCCUUCUGUGUGCACGCAUGGCACAAUUGAGCGCUUCUGCACACACACACGCAGCGAAACCCGGAAGUAUACACUUCCAGGUUUGCCACGUUCGCAACCCAAGGAUUAUGUUACCCGAAGGUAACGUAACCUGAGGGUCCCCUGUACUUGCAAAGACAUAUCUUUUUGCUUAGGCUUUCCCCGGCAUAGUACUGUAUUUCUCUCUUCAUCCUGCAUUUAUUUGUUUCUAGAAUGCUGUUUUUAUGAUUCUGGGUUUUUUGUACUUGUGUUUUAGGAUUCUUUUUAAUAAAAAAAAUACUAAGUGGCUUAUAAAUGUGUUUUAGAUAAAUAAAGUAAAUUAUUGAAUCUGCUUUCAAAGCCGCUGAGGGUGCAAACAUUCAGCAGCUGUGAAGGUUUCAGCCACUAGACGAAAAGGAAAUGUGUAAAAAGCAUCAGAGCAGAGCCAGUGAAUAAGAGAAAACAAAAUGGCUGCUCUUGUCUUCCUACAAUUGCCAGUGAAAGCCAAGAGCAAACAAAGAGGAAUUGUGCAAGGGAAGCUUUUUCCUGGUGUGACGAAUUGUUCUUUGCCUGAUUAAAAGGCAAUAAAACUCGGCCAAACAGAGACAGAAGGUUUAAAACUACUGACUGAUUAUCGCCUCCUACACAUUACAGGAAGUCAUCCAUAUUGAACAUAUAAGACAAGAUGCAAUCUAUAAGUUUGCUAAAUACCAUUAUAUGUUAAAUUUAACCUUAUUCCAGCACAGUCCUAAUUUCUGUGAAAGCUUUGUACAAACUUCUAUUUUUAGCGGUUUUGUCCAUAUGUCUGCAAACACUUAUUCAGUAGCACAGUACACCAGUUCAAUUUCACUUUGCUGAAUCAUAUACACGUUUAAACUUAAUGUCAAUAUGUUUUGUUCUCUUGUGCAUCUCUGCAAAGCUAAUACAUGCCUAAUUGUACACUUUUAUAGCAUUUUGCACUUGCAUGCCUAUGUCAGGUAACAAGCUUUUAAAGCAAGUUACCUCAUGACACGCAGGGGACAGACUUAUGCACUUGAGUGCUACAGAUUUCUGCCAGAUUCUGCUUCUUGCUAAACCAAUCUAUGAUUGAUUACACAUGAUCACUAUGCCUGAUGUGGACUUUUUGUCACUAAGAUCAGACACCCAAUCUGCAUCAGUGAAAACUUCCAGCUCAUCAGAACCUUGUGCUGAGACUUUUAAAUUGCGGUCGACUGUGCUGCUCGUGUAUCUGAUUAUUUUUUUUUGACUGCACACCAGUCUUUUUCAGUAGGGCAAUCUUUCUUCUAAAUAUUCCUACUGCACUGCUUAUAUCAGUUCUUGAAAUAUUACUCAAAAUGCACAGUGAACUAAUUGUGCAUCUGUACCUUUCAGGCUGUUGAAAAGCUUUGCUUUCAACAUUUUUCUGAAAAUCAGUUACCAUAGGAGUUUUAACAAUUUACAAUAUGCCACGUUCAGUGCUUCUAACGAUUGGAUCUUGCCUUUUAAUUCAGACAAAAGCUUUCAUUGCUUUCAUCUUUACUUUUUCAGAUUCAGCAUUCUGAUCGGCUUGUGAAUAAAAACACAAUGUCAUCUACAUAAAACAAAACCAGAUGCCUGCAGCUGUACUAUGGGAGGGGCAAACUGUUUCUGCCAACUUGGGGAGAAUUAAUCCUUUUUUCACGUUCCUUAGCAGGGAGAUGUACUUCAACAACAUCCAGACAACACCAUAACAUGUGCUGCUGAAAUAAAAAAUAAAAAUAAAAAUUUCUUUUUCUUUCAUGCAGGCAGGAAUUCCACUUAACUUCCAGAAACACUCCCCCAUCCCCUCUGGCCUCUUCUCUAGAUGAUGGUUUUGAAGAACAGACCAAUUGUUGA